UCACAGGUACUAAUGACAUCGCAGCUCUCAGAAUGAAUGCCAAUAACAAAGUCAAGCUGUUUAUUGAUCAACACUUGGACUUUGUGCAAAGUACAUCCUGUGUGAAUCAUGGUAUACUGCGAGAAGCUAAAUGUUUCUCUGCUCCAUUCCAAGAGACACUUCCUCAUUCAGAGUUACCCUUCCACAGAGAUCUGGGAAAAAUCUUCACUGUGGAGCUUCAGUCUCUUGGCAGCUGUUUUUACAGAUUUCUGAUUUCAUGGGACUUUAUCUGAUUUUAAAGAAUUGAUCUGUGGGUGAUGAACUUGUGACUUAUAUGGUGCCCAUCCAUACUCAUCGAGCAUCUGUAAACAACCACAUCAGCAGGAAGCACUGAGUCAUACCUUCAGGACACAGGGCUUCCAGAAGCCAAGGAUGUUAUUCCCCAGCACUGAAAUCAGCCAAUGCAGAGGGAAAUAAGGUUCAAACCUGAUGUCGUGCUAACCUGGAGCAACACACAAAGCGCUGGAGGAACUCAGCGGAUCAGGGACCAUCUGCAGAGACAGACCAUCGCCGGCUUUGGGCUUCGCUGGAAGGAACGUUACUGCAGCAAGAUGCCAGGCCUUAUCAACCGAGAGAACAACCAGAACCUGCUGCUGAGUUCGUCAGAAGUCACAUCGUGUAUGACGGGCUACACCCUCGGGAUGUCGGCAUCUUUGACUUACACCAACAUGGAGGAUCACUCAGUCGAAGGACUUUUCAUCUAUCCCGUGGAUGAGUUCACUACAGUGGUUGGAUUCGAAGCAACAGUUUCUGGGCGAAUUAUAACGUUGCAAAUAAAAGACAAAGCUAAAUUAGAUGAUGGUUAUUUUGACUGCAGUAAUAUUUCAUCCGGAACCUUCCAGAAUGGCAGUGGUCGCAUUGUGCUGGAUGAGGACUUGGAGAGGACAGUGUUCGCAGUGAAUUUGGGGCUAAUCACUCCGCUGGAAACAGUGACCGUUCUGAUCAGCACCUCCCUGGAGCUACAGACUUUGCCCAAUGGCACAAUCAGGCUGGUGGUUCCAUCAGUCUAUGUUCCCACGUUGGUUACUCUUGGCACUGACUCACAGACUGCAGCCGAGAACCAGCUCAAAAGGAAAGACAGACAACGCUGUUGCACCAACCAUCAAAACCACAAGGAGAGCGGGAAUCAAUUCUGCCUGGCAAAGCGCUUGGAGGACGAGGUCACCAACGCGAUCGUCUAUGACUUCAGUUUCCACCUCGAAAUCCGAGCACCGUGUUUGCUGGCAGGUGUCGAAAGUCCGACGCACUCAAUUCGAGCUGACGCCGAUCCAUCUGCUCUUUGUGCUAGCAGUGUGAUGAUCACCUUGGCAGAGAAACACACCUUCGACAGACCUGUGGAGAUCAUCAUCCAUCCCAGUGAACCACAUGUGCCUCACAUCUUAAUGGAGGGUGGAGAUAUGACACCUGAUGAAUACGAACAACAUUUAAAAGGAAAAAGCGAUUUCAUCAAAGGAACCAAAAAGGACCCGAGCUCAGAAAAAAAGAACGAGAUUAUUAGAAAACGUCUAAACAAGGACAUUGGACACCACCCUGUUAUCAUGCUAAACUUCUGCCCAGAUUUAAAGACAGCCCACCCUGAUCUAAGGAUGGCGCAGGGGGAGUUCAUUUUCCUCAUCGACCGGAGUGGAAGCAUGAGUGGGGUAAACAUCAAUCGAGUCAAGGAAGCAAUGCUGGUUAUCCUGAAGAGUUUGGUGCCCUCGUGUCUAUUUAACAUAAUUGGAUUUGGCUCCACAUUUAGGACCUUGUUCCCAGCUAGCAGGUCUUACAAUGAAGAGACGCUGGCUGUGGCUUGUGACUACAUGAGGAGGGUCCGGGCUGAUAUGGGAUCAACAAACAUGUUGUCUCCGCUGAGCUGGAUCUUCCGACAGCCAGUUCACAGGGGUCACCCCCGCCUACUGUUCCUUCUGACUGACGGCUCUGUUAGUAACGCGGGGAAAGUAAUCAACCUUAUCCGCAACCACGCACAAACCAGCAGGUGCUACAGUUUUGGUAUCGGACAGAAUGCCUCCAGAAGACUAGUCCUGGGACUAGCCUCUGCUUCGAAAGGAGCAGCUGAGUUUCUUGAUGAAGGGGAAAGGUUGCAACCAAAGAUGGUAAAAUCCCUAAAGAAAGCAAUGGCACCGUUCCUCAGUGACGUUACCGUUGAUUGGUUCCUUCCUGAAACAACUGAGAUGCUUCCUUCUCCUGUUGGAACAAGCUUUGUAUUCCCUGGGGACAGAUUAAUAGAAUAUUGCAUUGUAUGUGACACUUCAAGGUAUCACUCUAACCUCAAGUCAAACGAAGAAUGGAGGUGCAGCCAGACCUGGUCUCAGCAAUCCAGCAGCUCCGUGUUUUACCACUCGCAAGAGGAGGAUCCCGACAACUGGAGAGGGUGCCGAGACUCUCCCCUGGAAGCCACCUCAGUGAACGAAGACCCUAGGAAGGAAGGUGUGGAUACAAAGACCACUCCAAGAAGAAGAGCCUUCAGUAGCAAUUGCAUUGGAAGACAGCGUGCCUCCAAGAGAGGUUUCACCCCCAGUGACCCAGGGUCAGCAUUCAAUAAAAACCCUCUUCGAAGAGCACGGGCUCAGCAGCUUGUGGGCAGGAGCAGCCCAGAGCGACUCUCUCCGUCUCCAGGGGACUUUCAGAGAGACGGAGCAAGCUCAUGCACAAGCACCACAGGGUCGAGACUGGCUGGGAAGACAAGGCCAUACUUGCUGCACCAGAACUGUGUUUCGAACAGCCAGGACUUGGAGCUACCCCAGGCUCAGAGCAGCGUGCAUCAGGGGCCCACAGCAAGGAGCAUGGUGCCCUGUGAGGGGAGCCUCACCUCCAGAUCAUCCACAGAGAGUGCAUCCAUCAGCAGCAGCACAGAACCUGGCUGUUUUCACUAUCGAUCAUCGACUCUUGAAGAUGAAUCAUCCUUUGAGCUCCAAGAGCAGUCAGUGAGUUGUAACGCAGGCAGUCUUCAGUGCAAGUUCGAUUGCAAGGCAGUCAUUUCUGGGUUGCUUUGCGGGAAAGUCGUUCAGUGGGAAGUUACGUUCGAUCUUCAAUCACUUCUUUAUCGCAGAACAAACUGUAAAUCGUCUCAGGAAGACAUGUGGAAUGAAACAAUCCACCAGCUGGCAGCUAAGUCCCUCAUUCGAGAUUUUGAGCAAAUGGCUGAGAAAGAAAGUGAGAUAGAACAUGGUUCUGGAAGAAGAUACCAGCUGAAUGCGAUUCAAACUAGCAAGGCGUGUAAUAUCAUCAGCAAGUACACAGCUUUUGUCCCUGUGUAUCUUGACAACAAAGAAUAUCUGCCAAACAUUAUAGAAUAUUCAAAUUCAGCUGUUGGAUCAAAGCCGAACAAUUACAGACGGUCACACUCAGGAAGCAGGAGACACAGAGGUUACUCUGGGGGCCUUGGUCACUCUCAGUCUGAAUACGGAUCCGAUGGAGCAGAAGAUGGUUUGUCCAUUCUGACAAUGGAGGAUAACAAGCAAUCACCCUGCACAUCCCCUUCAUCCUCAGGGUGGGAGAGAAGCACGGAAGGUACGGACCAAACAAACGGUAGAAAAGAAGUGACUGCUUGCCGAUCCACUGAGAGCCUUUUUACUGCAGCGAAAUUGAGCUUUAACAAAACGCGUAUGUUGUCCCUGGCCGCCAAAGGCUUCAUGUCCAGGUCACCCAGCAAGAUGAGUGAGUCGAUCUGUGAGCCGGAGACUGAGAACAACGAUUACAUGCCUCUGGUUAACCUGCAGUUGGCAUCUGGAGCCUUCUUGCUGAGUCCGGCGUUUUGCGAAGCCAUUAACAUCCCCAUGGAGCAGCUGAAGUGGACCUCCCCCUUCAUGUGCCACCGAUCAAGUGUCAGCCCCACCUCACACACUCAUUCGAGCAGCUUCGCCGGCAAGGGGGCAGCCCAAGAGAAGGAACCCACAGAGAGCUCCCAUCAGACAGAAGCUGCGAAUGUGGGAACGUUGAGUUACUUGGGGAUAGACGGAGUCGGAGCAGAAUCCAAAAAGAUCAGGUCACGCCACUUCUCGAGCAGCUUGGUGGAGAUCCAGUCGAGAGUUACAAGUGGAAGCUGUGAACUGCUCCCUCCACCGGUUACAGUACGUCGGUCAUCCUCACCGGGGAACCCGCAGGCUUCGAGCACCCUGCUGGCUGGCGGAGCUUCCGACCUGAGUGCCGGCAGCAGUCCAUUCUUGACCACCCCUAGUGAGUUUCAGCAGCCCCUGGAUGCCGAGGGAGCGAUCUGGUCCACGGCGGUGGCAUUGGCCUGGUUGGAGCAUCGGUCAGCUGCUUACUUCAUUGAGUGGGAGCUGGUGGCUGCCAAGGCCUGUAUGUGGCUGGAUGCCCAGCAGAUACCCGAGGCACGGGAGCUUGCCUCUGUCAAAGCCUCAGCCAGGCAGCUGUUUGUCCUGUUACGACACUGGGAUGAAAACCUUCAGCUGAACAUGUUGUGCUACAACCCAAACAGUGUUUAAAAGUGUUGCCUCAGAGUCAUUAGGCAGCUGAGUCUGUGUUUACCCUUAACGCAACUCUUGCUAACUUUAGGAAUUAAUGGUUUAUUAACAAGUUUUAGACUUCCAGUCGACACAGUGGAAUCCUUCAGCUCUGACACCUGUUGCUAUGGGGGUUGG